AUGCCACCCAAGGCCGGCCCUAGCCGCGGCUCAGCCUCCAGCGGCGCAACGAACUACGGUUCGCUCACCGACAUCGUCUCGUCUCUCACACGAGCUCAGGUUGGCUCGGCUGCGACGAGCGUGGCAGACGACGAGCUGGACAAGCGCAUUGCAGAGAUGUUGCUCAAGGAGGCGAAGCAGAAGGACAAGAUGUGGGGCGAGAGAGGGACGAGGGCGUACUACGACCCGGACAAGGAGAAGACCGCGGCCAUCCGCAAGCCGAACACUCGCUUCCUGUCUGCCGUGAUCCGAAACGUCGACGACCAUAACACCGCUCUGCGGCGAGCAGACGAAGCUGCCGCCCGCAAACGCGAGCAGGAGGAGCGGCAGGCGGUCGAGCAGUGGAGGAGAGAGCGGAGAGGCGAGAGGGGGAAUGAUGGGGACAGGCGACGGCGACAUGAAGACGAGGAGGACAGGCGACGAGUGCGGCGAAGACGGGAAGAGCUGGGCCUUGACGAACACGAGUCGAGAAGCGGAAGUGACGCAGGACGACGCCUUGACGAACGAGACGAAAUCCGAGAACGACGGGACGGCCAUCGCUCGUCUCGCAGACACGGACGUCGAUCCCGUUCGCCAUCUCCUCGGAGAGACGACGACCGGCACAGUCGUCGAUCCAGUGACUCCUCUCGCCGACAAACUGCCGAAGACGAUGGCCGUAACCGUCGACGCGACUCUCCUCGACGGGAAGAACGAAGUGACCGGCGCAGUUGGACGGUCGAAGUCGAAGCUGGGCCCGACUCGCGGGACAAAGGAAAAGGGAAGGAGCGGGAUCUUGACGAGAUUUUUGCCGAGGUCGAUGCGGAAGUCGAGCGGCAGAGGCAUGCUCAUCGGUCGAAGCGGCACCGCCGCUCUCCCUCUGCUCCCCUCCCCGCAUCGCCUCCGCCGCCAGUACCCACCGAACCCCUGCCCUCCAAGAUGGACCGCUACUUCUCCGAGAACUACGACCCUCGUCUCGACUAUUCGCUCGACGAUGUGACGGACCGCUCGACGGGCUUGAUCGCGGAAGGGGCUUUUGAUACAUGGGAUCGAAUGCUGGAUGUUGUCAAGGCUCGGAAGGAGGACAAGAAGGAGAAGGAGCUGAGGGAGAAGCUCGAACGCAAGGCUGAGAGGGACAGGAUACGGAAGGAGCGCGAGGAGCGGAGGAAGAGGAAGCGCAGACAUGGAAGUGGGAGCGACAGCUCGAGCGAGGAGGAGGUUGGGCCUCGCUACGACCCGAAGAGUGGGCUGAUGGAGAUGCAGUACGCGAAGAAGGGCAAGACGAGGGAGUGGGAUCUGGGGAAGGAAACGCCAACUUAG